GCAUCGAUGUGAUGCCGACGUAGCUUGAAAGUCAGGCGUGUGAAUUUUUCCUUUUUUGUUCGGUUUAUUUUAGCAUUCAUGACACUUAAAUAUUACUAGUUAUUGGUUAUAGAAGCUUUUAAUAUUUGGAUUACUUUUUAUAUUCAGUGUACUACAAAAACAUGUAAUUUUUUGAAGAUUGAAUCACUGAAAAUUAGAAAUAACGCAAUACACAACGACCUAUGUAUUUCUUUGCAGCUAUUGUCGAGCAAUUGUAACUGUUGAAGAUUUAAGUUUGUUCUUCAACGUAACCUCAAUUUUGGGAUUAUUUAUUUCCAAAGUAUUUCAGAUAUUUGAAACUUUUACAAUGGGUUGUGCUGCAAGUACAAAUACAGAUAAGGCAGCAGCAGAGAGAUCUAAGAAGAUAGAUAAAGGUCUGCGUGCUGAUGGGGAAAGAAUUGCAAAUGAAGUGAAAUUACUAUUACUUGGAGCAGGAGAAUCCGGUAAAUCAACCAUUGUAAAGCAAAUGAAGAUAAUACAUGAAACUGGUUACAGUCAAGAAGAAUGUAAACAAUUUAGACCAGUUGUCUAUAGCAAUACUAUUCAGAGUUUGAUGACCAUCAUUCGAGCAAUGGGACAAUUGAAAAUUGAUUUUGCUGAUCCUAAUAAAUUAAAUGUUUCUCGACAAUUCUUUACCAUUGCUUCAUCAAUGGAAGAAGGAGAAUUGAAUCCUGAAUUAGCCCAACUGAUGAAAAGUUUGUGGCAAGAUGCUGGUGUAAGACUUUGCCUCAAUCGCAGCAGAGAAUAUCAAUUAAAUGAUUCAGCAGCUUAUUAUUUGAAUGCCUUAGAUCGCAUAACACUGCCUAAUUAUAUCCCUACUCAACAAGAUGUAUUAAAAACGAGGAUUAAGACAACUGGAAUUGUAGAAACACGGUUUUCUUUUAAAGGUCUGCACUUCAAAAUGUUUGAUGUAGGUGGUCAACGUUCAGAAAGAAAAAAAUGGAUUCAUUGUUUUGAAGAUGUGACAGCUAUUGUAUUUUGUGUUGCUUUAAGCGAAUAUGAUCUAGUUCUGGCUGAAGAUGAAGAAAUGAAUCGUAUGGUAGAGUCUAUGAAAUUAUUUGAUUCUAUUUGUAACAGUAAAUGGUUUGUCGAUACAUCAAUCAUACUAUUUCUCAACAAGAAAGAUCUAUUCCAGGAAAAAAUAAAGAAAAGUCCACUAACCAUUUGUUUUCCAGAAUAUACAGGUCCUAAUACUUUUGAAGCAUGUGCUUCUUAUAUUCAAAUGAAGUUUGAAAAUCUCAAUAAGCUUAAAGAACAAAAACAAAUGUAUUCACAUCUAACUUGUGCAACUGAUACUGAUAACAUUAAAUUUGUUUUUGAUGCUGUUACAGAUGUUAUAAUUCAAAAUAAUCUUAGUAGCUGUGGCUUAUUGAGUUAAAUAUUUCAACUAAUACUAUUUCACAUGUAACAGAAUACGUGCAAUUUAAAAGAAUGUCUCUUAAAGCAUCAAAUCAUUUAUUCAAUUUACAAUAAUUAAUGAUAACAAUAUUUUAUAAUCACGUUUUUGAUUUUGUGAAACGUUUUACUAUGAAUAUUUGUUAAUGAGUUUAAGCAAUAACACAUUGAAAAGUUCAUUUUAAUUUUUUAAAUAUUUAUAUACCAUUUAUUGGUUAUUGAUAUGACAUUUACAGAUGUAGAACUUAAAACAGGAAAAGAUGCAAGUUUUAUAACAGUUUAACAAGUUUAACAGUUUCAAGUAUUAACAUUUAUACUAGAACUAAACUAGUAAAAAAUGUUCACAAACUUCCAAAAAUUCGCAUUUAUACGCAAUGCAUGCCAAAAAUUUUUAGAAGAGUGCCUUUGAUAGUUCAUUAAAUUUAUAUUAAUAAUUAAACAAAUGAUAAUUUAAAAAUCAGUUUUUAAUCACAAGUAUUGUAAGCGCACAUGACGGACCAAGUUGCUUUAUACAACUAAUUUUUUAUCAAAAAUCUAAUGCAGUUAGGUAAUAGUUUAAUUAAUUUUUUUUAAUGCUUUAUAAGACUUAUAAUAUUAUAUAAUAUUAACUCUUUAACUGCCUUUAAAUAAAAUUCUUUCAUUGAUUAUUCACUUUAAUCAGAAUAAUCAGUCAUUACAAAUUUUAUUUAAAGAUUGAAAUUAAUAUUAGUGUAAUUUUUAUAAUUUACUUGCCAUGAAUUUUAUAAUCUAAUGUAUGUACGAUAGGUGCAACUAGUUUUUAAAAUCUAUUUGAAAAUCUAUAUCUUGUAAAUAAUGUAAACAUUGGACAAAAAAAUUUGUAACAUUGAAUUUUCGCAAUCUGAAAUUUACGAAACUUUAUAUUGAUCAAAAUGUAUUUUCUACCUUAAUGUAUUAUUUACUCCUAUUAAUAAAAGUAAAAACUAAU